UGUCUUUGAGCCAAGAGCAAAAUGGCGGCUAAUGCAAUGGAAACCGAUGAUUUGGGGCAUUUGCCUUCCAAUACGCUGCGUCGAUCUAAUUCAGCGCCAAAUGUAAGCGCAGCAGUAAUGAGCGAGGCUAUUCCUAUCUUCCAGCCGAUACACACCUCAAGACAAAGACGCUUCUCUACAAGCCAAAUGGCUGUGAAUGUGGUUAGUAAAAAUUCCGCGAAUAAAUGUCAAAGGACGUUCAUUGAUUCUAUAGACUUUGUGCCGUUCUUGUGAUCGAUGAUUUGACUGUAAACUGCAUUUAUCCGUUUUUUAGGGAUCUCCCGCGUCAAGAAUAGAGCAGAUCAAACGAGUGAGUACAAUGUAUCGGGGACCUGGCUUUAGACACUGUAAUUUCAGUUGAUUGCUUCAUUGAGAGUUGUUGCUUUCUGCCGUUUGUUAGCAAGCCUUCCAUUCAUUUCUUAUUUAGCUAUCGUUAUUAAGUUAUUUUUUAUGUCUUAGUGUUUUAGAAGGCUGAAGUUUCCGAUUUUUAAAAUUGUCAAGCUAAAAUAAAAACGGUAUUAACACGCAUUGUUUUGUUUAUUAUCGUGUUAGGAAGCAAGUAUAGAUGAUGUUAGUCUGGAGAAACAAGUUGGAAGGUAACUUAAACUUGGUCGACCGGCAACGCAUAAAUGUUCAAUACCUGAAAAUUAUCCACCUUGCAUUUUAAGUUGUCCGCUAUUAAAACCCUCUAAUAAGUCGUUCCUGCUACAGUUUACAGUUAAGUAUCAGAAAUUAGCUUUGAGAGACAUUUGAGACACUUUAGCUCAAUUUCAAGUCCUUGAUGCAAAAUAAAGCUACCAAAACUAAAAUUGCUUUCAAAUUAUGGAAGAGGUAAAUUUACAAAACAAAUUGAAUAAAAAAAUAUUUUCAUUUAAUUGAUCUUUCUCUCUCUAAGUUAUUAGAGUUAUUGCCUAUAGUUAUAUUCCAAAUGCAGCUUCUAAACAUUUUGAUACUUUGGAAUAUUGUUUAUUGAUAAUUUACAAAACGUAAGCUUAUCUUCUCCACCCAGAGUCUGAGAAUCAGUCUUAAAGACAUGUAUGAAAUAUUCUUUGUAAACAAAGGUGUGUGGUAUGACUGUUCAUCUAAGGCCCUCUAUAAAUGAACUCUUAGGUGACCCUCUUUUUUUAAAAUAAAAACAAAAGUAGGGAUGGUGAAAUGAUGACUAGAAAAUGAAGACUGUUUAGAGCCUGUUUGCAUGGAUGUGGGGGACCCCAGAUAGGUGAGGUUACAUGUGGCGGGUCAUCCCACCUAACAUGAAUGCGUGAUCAAAUUAAAAUGAGAGAUUAUGUGGAAAGGUGGGUUACCCUACCUAAGCGGGUUACCUCACCUUCCUGGGGUUCCCCACCUCCAUGUAAACAGGCCUUUAGUCAGAGCAAAACUCUCUAACCAUGUCCCAGCGGAGUUAGACUCACACAUGACCAGCUUGUGUAUCUUUAAACUUUGGGAAAUGUAUGUAUACUGGGUUCAUCCAGAGUCUUAAAUUCUUGAAAAAGUCUUGAAAUUUGCCCAACAAUUUCCCACACUUGGAAAAAGUCUGGAAAAUAGAGAUAAAGUCUUAAAAAAUGGUAAAAAGUCUUGAGUUGUCUUGAAAGUUACAAUAAGUGCUUUACUGGUGAAAGUUUUUUUCGUGCUGGUCAAAUCUUAUUCAAUCUCACUUGUAUGUUUGCAGCGCAUCAUGGAAAAAGCUUUGUUCCUUCAUUUUUUGAAAGUUCUCUUUUGAUCACCUAUUUGAUAACCGUGAGUCCGGAAAAAGAAAUUAUUGCUUUGGAAAAAGUCUUGUAUUUUGGAUCCAAGAAUCUGUACGAACCCUGUGUAUUUGACCCAAGCAAAUAAUCUUGCCUAUCUCCACUGAAAACAGUAAGUGGUGUUUCCUGCUUUGGUUUCACCUAAGGGAACAUCAAGGGUCUCGGGGAAAAAAAUCACCAUUUUCCUCAGGGUUAGUCAUUUAUUGCUAAGAAUUAACAUUUUGUUCCCCUCUCUUUCUCAGUGAACUUCUUCUUUCGCAUUCUCUCAGUGACUGGACCCUACUGGUAAGUGUCUAUUCCAGUAAAAUUGUGUUAAGACUGACUCACAAUAUGCUCACUUUUGCAGGGCUAGCAAAAAAUGAAUUUCAGCUUGUCCUUUGGGUAAGCAGCUCCCUAAUUUUGCUUGCCCAGGGCCACUUCUUGCCCUUCUUAGUGAAUGAUUUUGUUAGAGGAUCACUUUCCUGGACCCUUUCCUAUUGGGCAAGUAAGCUUUAAAAGUUACUUGCCCAGCAAGAAAAUCUACUUGUCCUGAACUACCAGGUGGGACUUUUUUGAGCCCUGUUUUAAUAGACCUUAUUCACGAUACCCGCCAUCUUUGCACGCGCUUUAGGAUUGAUGGGAUAGAAGCAAUGUUACGUGGUAUUUCAGGGGCUAAACAAAAGGUAAAAUCACAGUCGACUUUGUUUAUUCUCUCAAAGCGAAACGACAAUUUAAUAGUCAUGCAAAAUGUAUGGUUUGAGCUUCAACAAAAUUAAGGCCAUUGUUGCUUGCUGUGAGGACAUCUACAGUUGUCACUGCAUUAAAAAAUAACAGUGAUCACUUCCACCCAUAAGUUGUCAUUAUCGUCUUUAGAAUAAACAGUUGUUCAUUUUCUGUUGUCAAGAAUAAACAAACUCAACCACAAUUUCUUGUAUUGGAAAAAUUUAUCACUUGGUUGCCCCCUGAGAAACUACCUGAGAUCGCUUUUAUCCCAUCAUUCCUUAACCCAUUCGCCCCUGAACCGCCCGCAACUGCCCGUGCGGAUCCAGGUCCUUUCUACCCUUUGUGACAUCAUCAGUUUUAACGGUCAAGGACAACUUUCUUUGCUAACUUGUGCAGAGUGAAGAGAUCUUUCAAACCAUACCAGAAUGAGCACAAUUCAGCCAAGGAUACCGGAGAAAGAAGCAAAAAACCAUGUGACACUGACCCGAAAAUCUCCAUGAAAAUCUUGUUCCAUUACUCACCUACCUUUCCUUUCACCUAAUCCUAAGAUCCUAAAAGCUUUCCUAAAAACUAUUCCCACCGAAAUGAAGCCUACUAAAUGCCCAGCAAGAGAAGGGAGGAGAGAAAGCGAAAAGUAAAAGUCAAGACUGCUGUGUCACUUUUAAACCCAAAAACUCAAAAUUUUGCUUUCUGCGCAUGCCCGAACUUUGCAAGCUGAUAUUUUGCAUCUGGAUCAGAAGGCCGCGAAGUGUACGACCUGCAAACCAGUUUGUGGUAAGUUUUAGCCCUUUAUAGCACAACAGUGACCAGAAAACCACUCGACUAGCUUCAAAACGCAUUGUUCGGCAAAAUCUCCAGGAGUGAAUGGGUUAAAUAAGAACGACCGAGACUAGGUUUUAUGAGCCCACGAGACUGAGCACCCCACCCAAACCCUUGUUUUCACUGAAACAGCUGGACACCAACCUGGUUGAGGUCAUUGUUAUCUAAGGUCCUCCUUCCUUAAGCACGUGCAAAGAUGGCAGGUAUUGAUAAUGAGGUCUAUUAGUUAGGUGGUGGCCUUAAAACCAAGUUACCAUAUGUAUAAAGUUUUUGAACAAUGCUGGCAUGGUUAAAUUCUAUCUCUUAAGCUGAGUGUGUAAGAAUUUACUUUGUUAGUAAUUUGAAUAUAAUUAUAACAUACUAACAGAUUGUCCUUUCUCCUAGGAUCCUGAUAAGAAUGACAUUCAUAUGUACGAACGAAGAAACUCUUUUGAUGAUCAGAGACAACCAUUCUCAUCACCAUCUUCAUCAUCACCACCCAAUCAGAGAGUGAGUACUUAACCAACUGUUGUAUCUGUAUAAUAUACACAAUGUUCUUACCAGAUGGCGGCAUUCUGGCAUUGCCGCACUUUUUUGGGAAAUGCUGCACUAUGAUUAGCCCAAGGGGUCCCAAGGGCACAAAGAAGGAAAAGAAAUUUAUCACAAAACAUACUUAAGCAUGCAUACACAUACGUACAUUUCCCUAUAAUAUAGGCCAAAAUUUAAUUGGUUAUGGCGUCUUAAGAAAAUAGCCAUCAUUGUCUAAGACUCGGACCUAUGAAAACAUUGAGUUAACUGUACCUAAAGAUUGUGAUCGGCUUUUCUCCCUCAUUACCCCCUUUUAGCUUCUUUAUGGGUCCUGUGCACUCCAGUGUACAAAAUCGUGGUAAGAACACUGAAUACAAUGCAGAUAUUGCAAAAAAAGAAAAGGAAGGGAUGUAGUAACAGAAAAAAAAGUGCUCUUCAGUGUCUGUCGUUUCCAUUCAGUUACUACCACACCCACAAGGUUUCAACUCGGUGGCUCUCCUGUGGAUGAAAAAUGAUUCUUUAACCAUUUUGGCCUCAAAACUGUUGGCUCAACUGUUCAUGAAGAUGCCCACUCAUUUUCCUGGAUUAAAUCCUUCACCCAUAACAAUAACCAAAGAUUAUUGUAACUAUAAGUUUUUGCAAUUUAGUGCACUAAAGUGGGUAAAUACAUGUACCAGUGGGUGCAGUGAGAACAACCUCAAAGGCAGCUGAGGAUGCUGUAACAAGAUUAAAACAAUAGAGACCUUUAGGUUCUAAGAUGAGGGUUUAACCUCCUUCAAUAAAGAUAUCCAUGCUGAUUUUUUGGUGAAAAAAAGUAAAAUAAAGCUUCCCCUGCUAAAAAAAACAUCAAUUUUGGGAAAUUCCAAUCUUUCAGUCUUGUCAUUUCAACCAUAAAAGUGGUGCACACAUAUGUACGUACAUUUAAACUAGUUAUCUGAUAUUAGAUAAUAUACUGAUUAAAAGGUUGCCAGGCAGCUUAUUGAUUGUACUGUCAAGAAGAGGUAAAACAAACUCUUUACCAGGAAAUUGAAAUAUUUGAAGCCUAUCUUUUUUUCAUCUGAGAGUUCUAAAGAGUAAUAUGCUUUUUAUCUGUUUGAAUUCUUCUGCCAGGGAGUGACCAUGAGAAAUGCAAGAAGCCUCACUCCAAGUCCAAUACCUAGUCCUACUCGACCAACUUUUACGUAAGUGUCAAAAGAAGAAUUUUUAUUUCUACAGUCGAAGCUCUCCUUGUGACCACUCUCGUAAGCGACCAGCUGUAGCUACGACCACCUUUGUGAAACCCCAUUUGAGUUGUGACUUAAACUUUGUAAUGAAAAGCUCUGGUAAGUGACCACUGCGACCGUGACCACUUUUGGGAUGACCCGACUAGACUUUUCCUUUGUUUUUAGCCUCUCAUAAGUGACCACUCAGCAUCACAUUUGUACAAAUCAACACUUUAAUGAAAGUGCACACUGCGCUAAUGAUUCUAAUAUUUAGAUUUGGGGUUGUUUUGGUCUAAAAAACUGGAUAUAAAGUUUAGCCGUGUCAUAUCAGAUAUAUAGACACUCAUUAAACAUAAACAUUUUCUCUGAAGCACUUGUAAGCGACCACCCUCUGUUUUACCAUGUAGUCGCUUACGAGAGCUUCGACUGUAUUUGUGAGGGCAAAUCUGUAAUUCAUUUGGCCUGAUUUUGACUGUAGUGUCCAGGCUGUUGUAUUUUUCACUCACUCUAUUUUCAUGCUUUAAGAGGAGACUGGGGCAAAUUGUUUGUCUCAGCUGUCAAUUUUAAGAAUAAAAUAAACAGAUAUUAUAUUCUGGCUUUGUGUACAGAGGGUGAGUGGCCUAAAAUGAAAGCCUUGCUCCUAAAUACAGCUAUUUCGAGAAAGGUUGUUAGAUAAACUGCAUGUGACAAUCCCAAAGGGUAUUGUGUGUGGUUUUGAGUUCACUGCUGUUCAAAGCAAUUUGAAAGAAUGGCAAGAGAGGCCAUGGAUGUAUGUUUGUGAGUGCUAAAGGAAGGCAACAAAAGUCAGAACUUCGACAGCUGUAGUGUCAGGAACAGAGUAUUGAUCAUAUCCCAUAUUACCUUUCACAUGCACAUUUUUUCUGACAACCUUUCUUGAAGUAGCUGUAUACCCGGGAAUGAUAACAACUCCUUUUGCUCCAACUCUACUGAACAUACUUUGAAAAAAAACUAGAUCAUGAGCUUUAACUGCAUUUGGCUUAAAAUCAAAAGUUCAGUGUAACUUAGCAUAAAUAUGUGCACGUUAUUGUAAAUUUAGGUGAUAAGGAAGCCUAACGAAGCAGGGGGCAUUAUUAAUAGGCUUCCUCAAGCCAGAUUACUUACCUGCUUGAGUGCAAAGUGUGCAGAAAACAAAAACUUAAGCUACAGGACGACUAUCUAUGGGAUACUUUUUAAGGUGUUUUUGGAGAAACAAUUUUAUAUGGACGAAGAGCUGUUUUGUGAAAUGACUGGAUUGGUUUGGGUUAUUAUAUGUAAGGUCAUUAUGGGGACCAACUGGACUUUAUGCAAUUAACUUUUUCUUUGUAGGCGCAGAAGUCUCAGUCCUGUAUGCUUACGACCAAGUAGUUUAUCAUUAAAAAGAAAAUGUAAGUCAACUUCAAUGCCUUGUAAAUCAUGAUUAGGUGUUACCCAUUUUUUGCCCAAUUUCACCAAUGUCUUGCCCAGAAUACACUUUACACCUGCUUAGGGCCUGUUUACAUGAAGGUGGGGGACCCCAGAUAGGUGAGGUAACAUGUGGUGGGUCACCCCACCUAUCAUGUAAAUGUGAUCAAAUUAUAAUGACAGGCGGGUUGCCCCACCAAAGCUGGUUACUUCACCCAAGUGGGGUCUCCCACCUCCAUGUAAACAGGCCCUCAGACUAGAAGACCAUUUCUUCCUUACUAUGCAUGUCUCCUGGGCUUAAGAAGUAUAAUAUCACGGUAAUGCUCUGUCUAUUUCUCUUUCUUAUGAACUCAAAAUAUAGUAUGAAUAAGUUUCCUCCACUUUUGAACUCAAUAUGAAUACCUAAGUGUGAAUAAAAUGAAGUUGAAAUAUUGAUAUAAUGGAUCUGCUGCAAAUCCUUGUUAGACAGUGUUGAAUGAUGUUGAAUCGGGUUUGAAUAAUUAUUAGUUCAGUUGUUUUUCAUCCAGCAUUUCAUUUGUUGUUAUUAAGCUGGGGCCAUGUCAGUUGUUGGCUAUGUUUUGAACAGGUUUUGCAACAUGAUUUAAUGCGCAAACUCACGCUUAAACUUUGCGUAUAUGGUAUUUAAAUGAUGUGUGCCCUGGAAAAACUAGUGUAAUGAGAAAGAAAACAGAUCUUAUCAGCCCAAAAAUUGGGGUUUGGUACGUAGGCUUCAAAGGAACUCCAUGUUGUAUGGCAGAGCCCCUUUUUUGCCACCUUCAACAAGAUAGAUAAGUAAGGUUUUUCUCCACUCACAGGGUGCUCCUCAUCCUUCGUUUCCCAAUGUCAUUGAACACUGUUUGUUCUUAAAGUGUUUGGUCUGUUAAACAGGUCUUAAAAACAUUAGGGAUCUUAAGAUCUGGUGACGGCGAGAAUGUCAAAAAAGUAUUAGGUUUAAGCAAAACAACAACUUUGCCCAUGCAUCAUGCUUUUCUUGCACAUUUCUUUGCCAUUUUCUUCACUGCAUGAGUACGACAUGAAGAUGUCUAAUUUCCCAACCUGUAGAGGAUGUAAACAAGCAACCACAAAACUCUAAGGGAAUAAAGGUUGAGAGAACGCGAGUUCACUUUUUAAGCGGCGUUUUCGCUGCCAUUGUCAUCCUUGGAUCUCAAGGUCCCUAUUGUUUUGUCUUGAUUACCCAGGUCCAACAGAAGGCAUAACUGAACCAGGUGUAAGCCCAUCAAAGCGCCUCUGCGACAUUUCACCCAUAAACUGUUCACCUGACAUCGACUCAGAGCACCUAAACUUUGAUGAUGAUAACCACAUACACGAAGAUCCUCACAGCUCCUCGGCAUCAGACUCAUCAUCGUCAUCAUCAUCACUGAAUACCACGCCCAUGGUACUUGGAGAGAUUCAUAGACACCCCUUCUCUAUUUGUCGGCCAAAAUUUACUCCUCCAAGGUCACCCCUUGCUGGUCCAUCAACAACACAGAACCAUUCCAGCAGGACGAUAGGAUCUUCACCUUCGUGCUUCACCUUUGCCCCUGUGAGGGAUUGAUGACCAUCCAUGGUGAAGAGGUAAGAAAAUGUCUAACCCCUCCUUAUGUCAAAUAAAAAUCAGAGUUUACUUACUGGACACCCCAGUGCCGGAUCCAAACCUUGAGCUAAAGGGGGGCCCGGUCAUCCAGACCCCUCAGAUAAGGGGGGAGCCUGGUCUCCAAAAAAAUUUUUGUUUGGUCUAAAAAUAAAGGUGGGGGGCGGGCUCCCCGGGCCCCUUCCUUGGAUCCGCCACUCCAUCCAUCGAGGCCCCCUUGGAGUGGGUACGUGUGUCCCUAAUCUGAAUUUCAAAACCCAUCAUUUCAGGUAUUGAGGAGGAAGCCGUGUCCCUGUCGGCAUUUUACAAUUGCUCUUGUGCUUGUCAAAUGUUAGAACCACCUUGUGUAGCAAAAUGAACAGUACCACAGGAAAAUACUGCUCGGUAGCUUUCAUAUGACCGUUCACGCCUAAGGAUUUUAUCCAAAGAGAACCACCUUGUAGAGCAAAAUAAACAGUUCCUCAGCAAAGUACUGCUCAGAAGCUGUCAUUUAAAUGGACACAUUUCAGAUUUCAUCCUUGAGUUCAUAAGUUACAGCUACUUGUUUACACAUCUCUUUUGUUAAUGCAAGGGGUGGUUUGACCGUAACGUGUUAGGAAAUCUUUACCAUUCACUCAGUGAGCUUUCUUAUACUUGCAGGUAUAUUUUUCUAUACAGAGAAUGUAACAGUUUUUAGAGCUUUAUAAAGACAAAUAUUAAUAACCAUUUUGAUAAUGGCAUUAGGUAUACAUAUUAGGAAUAUUGCCUUAAUGUACAUACAACCUACAGAAACGUUUUCAAGUAGACAUAGUUAAUUGUUGGUAGUCCUGUGUUAGUGCAGCAACAUUACUAGUAACCAAUAUCAACCUGUAAAUUUUUAUUUCUCAUCCCUUAACAUUUCUUGAAGCAACUACAAAAUACAGGGCCAUAUUGUAAAGACUUUGACAGAGGUGGCUUGCCGGUUAGCUAGUCAUGAUGAAUGUUUAAAGAACGGGUAUGUGCCGCGUAGACUGUGAGCAGAAAAGAAAGAGGAAAAGCAGGGCUGUGCUCUAGCAGACGCUUGUCUUAUACCGGGCAGCGAAAUAAAUGGCGUAAGGACGCUACACGUCUACCCAAACUUUCCUUGAGUGAACCAACCCCCCCUUCCAGGUAAGUUAGGCAAGCAUUUUAGUGGGUUAACGGCUCUAUGUCUUUUGAAUCGAGGUUGGAGUCUCACCAUUACAAAAAGGUCAAAGGUGGGAUGGGGGUGGUUGAGCCGCUCUGUGGCUCCGUGUGUCUUUUCUGUAGGGACUGGCGAGCUGCCAUGCCACAUGAAAUAACAAUUGAUAACAGAAGAUUAGGCUAGGGAGGGCAAGCGUGAUCGAUCCAAAGUUGAAACGCUUUUGCUCCAACGUUUUGUUUUGCAUAAGUUCUCCGUGAUGGAAGGUCAAGGAUAUCUGAUUGCGUUCUGUGCAUUCCAAGUGGGAGUCCAAAAUGCUGGCUACGUACGUAACGCGCAUGCGUAAUAGCAACCACCUAAUCCAGAUUAGGAUUACGGUCUCCUCUGGUCGCCCGCAAAUAGCAGCCCUUGAUUUUGUAGUUGUGCCCAUUCCUCACCAAACAAGUACUCUACAAUGCCAAAAAGUUUAAGAUUUUGUUAUUACUUGGUGUUGCAGAACACGAAUGUAUACUAUUUAAUUUUUGAAGCCAGGACCAGCUUGCAAAAAAGAUGGACCGGAUCCCAAUAGAGGAUCUAAUGAGCAAUAAGUGAAAAUAUAUAACAAAAGAAGCAAGGCUGAUUUUACAGUCGGGAAUAUAUAUAUAUGUUUUUACCAACAUAUAUAUAUUCCCAACUGUAAAAUCAGCCUUUGCUUGUUUUGUUUUGUAUAUUAUUUAGUAUAUACAAAAAUGUGUGCUAAUCCACCGUACCUAAAAAGCUGGCUACUGGUACAUUUAUCCACAGUUCUUAGCGCAUGAAAACCAUAGAACUGCUCAUAAAAACGCACAGAAAAGUUUUAUAAACUUUAAACCAAGGAUAGGCAAUGUUGCCAUUACAGGGAC